AUGAGAGACGAGCUGGAGACGCUGGGGUGGUACCACUACGACCUGUCCCGGCACGCGGCUGAGGCUCUGCUGCUGAACAAUGGAGUGGACGGCAGCUACCUCCUGCGGAACAGCAACGAGGGGCCACAAAGCUUUGCUCUCUCUGUCCGGGCCAUGGAUUCAGUGAAACAUUUCCACGUAACGCGCAGAGAAAACCACUACGUGUUUGGCUUCAAUGAGUUCCCCAGACUCGAGGACUUUGUGAAGCACUUUGCCAACCAGCCGCUGUUGGGCAGUGACGCCGAAACUCUGUUGGUUCUGAAGUGCCCGUACCCAUGGCGCGUAGAGGAGCCGUCCAUCUACGAGUCGGUCAGGGUCCACACCGCCGUGCUGACCGGCCGCACAGAGAGCGACCUGGUGCCCAACGCCCCCGCGCUCGGAACCAAAGAGGGAUACCUGAUCAAACAAGGAGCGUUGGUCAAGAGCUGGAAACAGAGAUGGUUCACGCUGAGCAGAUACGAGCUGAAAUAUUUCCGUGACAGAGAGUGUGAAGAGCCCAUCCGGACCCUGGACCUGAGGGCGUGCUCUGCUGUCCAGUUCGACUACUCCCAGGACCGAGUCAACUGCUUUUGCUUGGUGUUUCCAGAAAGGACAUUUUACGCUUGUGCAAAGACUGGAGUGGAGGCUGACGAGUGGUUAAAGAUACUCAAAUGGAAGCUGUCACAGAUAAGAAAAGGAAGAUGA